AUGCCCUCGCUCUCUACAGCUCGUAUGGUCAGCCAUCUCAAGUCGCUGUUCGCUCGCCAUGGCAUCCCUGACUCUCUAACGACCGACAACGGACCGCAAUUCACCAGUGCUGAAUUUGCUCAGUUCACAUCCAUCUAUGGCGUCCGCCACGUCACCAGUAGCCCUCUCUAUCCGCAAGCCAAUGGCAUGGCCGAGCGUGCUGUUUGCACGGUCAAGAGUUUGUUCCGUCAGGGCACUGAUUGGCACCUCGCACUACUCGCGUACCGCAAUACUCCCUUGGAGCAUGGAAAGAGUCCAGCCCAGCUUCUGAUGAACCGCCAGCUGCAGUCACUUUUACCUCUCUCUCCAACACAGCGACAGUCGCAUCUAGUCGAUCAGAGCGACCUGCGUGCCGCGGAUCAGCGCUUAAAGGAUCGCCAAAGCGCCAACCAUGCCAGUCGCCAUGCAGCCCGGACACUGCCGUCUCUGUGUCCCCAACAGCCUGUGUAUCUACCUGAUCAUGCAGAGUCUGGCCACGUGAUGAGCCAACCAGCCUUGGGCUCCUACAUCGUAGCAACCCCAUCGGGCCAGUUAAGACGCAACUGGCGGCACAUUGUCCCAAUGCCAACACCGCAACAGUUGCCGCCUGCUGGUCACUCCGCCGCUACUACUGUAACAGGUAGCCGAGUGGUGUGUAUGCGUAUCUAG